CUACGUUUGCUUUUGGGUUGCUGCCAUGGAGCGGCGGCUGCCUCUGCUGCCCAGGCUUGCCUGGAGCUCCUUCUGCCUCCUGCUGUUGCUGAGGCUGCUGUGCAGGGGCGCUGCUGCCCCCCACAUCUCCGGGGCUGCUGUUGCUGCGCCCUUGCUGUGCAAUGUCAGCUUGGACAGCGCGCCCGAGGAGCGAUGGAAGCCGGUCCUGCGCCACUUCGAUCCGGAGUUCCUGCGAUCUGCUUUCUACCAGCUCAUCGAGUGAGUCCGCACUGGAGAUGCUGCUGUGGGAAUUUUCCCACUUGGAGUGGGAGAAAAGGGAUUGGUGGUGGCCACAUCAGCGCUUCGAAAUUAUAAUUACUGUUAUUUUUAUUUUUAAACGGAUAUGGAUAUCUUUUCCAUCAUCUCCAAACAACUUUCUGCAAGUGCUUUCUGCAAGCCUGUUUGAGUAGCUGUUUCCUAUUUUGUUUGGCUGCAAAUUAUUCCUCUUAUUAUAAACUUCUUUCUACUCCUCCUGCAGAUAAAAACAAGUGCCGCUAAAAGACCAAGCCUGUCUGAGUAGUCGUUUCCUUUUUUUGUUUGGCUGUAAAUUAUUCCUCUUAUUAUAAACUUAUUUCUGCUCCUCCUGCAGAUAAAAACAAGCUAAAAGCAUGGGAAACGCAGUCAUUUAAAAAACAAUGAAACAUUGAUAAAAUCUUAAUUAGGGGUUCACGCUUUCAUUACACAAGAAGAGGCAGCUUUUAACACCUGCAUUUUUUUGCGGGGGUGUGCCUCCUGUUCCCCGCCCUUUUCUCCUUAAUUGAGUUAAAGGCGCAGCACGUUAUAUAAAGCCAGAGUUUCUGCCAAUAGAAUCUGUGUAUAAAAGCUCUGUAUAUGCAACUUGACAUUUAAUAAAUAGUUUGAAAACUUAAAAAGGAGGAGGAAGAAGCCUUCAUUUUGCUAACCAGGUGACAAUUUGAACCCUGGUCUCCCAGGUCUAGUGCAACACACUGAUCUCACUUGCUCUCUCAGAGGCACCUUGCUUCUCAAUGUGAGCUGCUAUUUUUCCUUGGGUUCCCGUGGGUUUGGGUCUCAACGGUUCCGUUCGAAAGCAAAGCAGGUCUUCUUGCUCACAAUUGUCUCAAAUCCUGACUGCCAUCGUUCUGCAUCCAGAGGUGGUUCUCCUGUCGCUCAGCUGCAGCCCCUCUGAAGCCAAUGACACCUAUUUAUUGCUGUGUUUUCUUUGUUUUUCAGCGAAGUGGUUCCCAAGUGGGUUCAUGCGAUUAUCCGGCCUCUGGCGGAAGAAUUAGAAUCCUUUGCCCCUCAGCCGUUUGCCGGCGAGAUCCGGGGACUCUGCCAAGCCCUGGGGCUAAAUGUUGGGGAUGGCUUGCUCAUCAAUUUGGCCUACGAAUCUACUGCGUAAGUGUCCUUGAUGUUGGUAAGGAAGAGCUCAUUGGUGCAAGCGAUUUCUUGUACAGUAUUUUUUUUAAAAAAAGGGACGCAGGUGGCGCUGUGGGUUAAACCACAGAGCCUAGGACUUGCCAAUCUGAAGGUCAGCGGUUCGAAUCCCCGCGACGGGGUGAGCUCCCGUUGCUCGGUCCCUGCUCCUGCCCACCUAGCAGUUCAAAAGCACGUCAAAGUGCAAGUAGAUAAAUAGGUACCACUCCGGCGGGAAGGUAAACGGCAUUUCCGUGCGCUGCUCUGGUUCACUAGAAGCGGCAUAGUCAUGAUGGCCACAUGACCUGGAAAAACUGCAGACAAACACCGGCUCCCCUGGCCAAUAAAGCAAGAUGAGUGCCGCAACCCCAGAGUCGGUCACGACUGGACCUAAUGGUCAGGGGUCCCUUUACCUUUACCUAUUUUUAAAAAUACUGCCUCCACAAUGUACAUUUAAAGAACACCCCUCUCCAAGAAUCCUGGGAACCAGAAGUUUUCCCCUUACAGAGCUACUUUUCCUUUCACCUUUAACAAAUUGCAGUUCCCGAGAUUCUUUGCUGGAGGCUGUGUGCUUUAAAUGCAUCAUCAUCAACCUUUUUUAUUUGUAUGCCGCCUCUCCACAGUUAAAAAACAAUGCUCAAGGCGGCUGACAGCAUAACAAGAUUUACAUAAUUACAAAAGUCAUCAACAAUAAAUAAACCACAUCAAAAAAAUACACAACCAAAUGGGAAACAAUUUCCACAUAAAUCGAAAUCUAAAACCAAGAAUACAGCAUUAAGAUCACAGUUUAAAAUGACAUACCGUAGGUAGAAAAUAACAGCAAUUUAAACCAAAAACGAAUCAAAAUGGAGCCCUGUCUGCCUAGUGGCGGUGGCAGCAGCAGUCCUUUAUAGAGCCCAUCAGGCCCCGCCCUGGGCCAGGUGGUGAGUGGCAGGAUUGGGGCCCUCAGGCGCUGAGCAGGGAUGAAAGCAUCUCCCUUUGAUCUUCAACUUUUGGCAGCCAUGCCCUCAGGCUGCCUGAUCUAUUCCACCCCAGCUGCUUGUUAUAAGAACUAUAACUGGUACCCAGGUUUGCUUCCCCCCCUCCUCCCCCCCUUUCCCUUGCAUUAGAAUAAGUAGUACCUUUGGUGGGGGUCACACCGUGCUCCACGGGUGCCAACCUCCUCCCUCCUCAGUCCUUUUUCCUUAUGUGUCAUGUAUUUUAGGAAGCAAGCCUGCAGGCAAGGACUCACUUUUUAAAUCUGUUCUCUGCAAGCUGCUCUGAGAGCUUUUCCGGUUAAAAGAGCAGAGUAAUAAUAAUAAUAAUAAUAUAAAUAAUAAUAAUUUAUUAUUUAUACCCCGCAAAUCUGGCUGGGCUUCCCCAGCCACUCUGGGCAGCUUCCAACAAAAUAUUAAAAUACCGUAAUACAUCAAACAUUAAAAGUUUCCCUAAACAGAGCUACCUUCAGAUGUCUUCUGAAUGUCAGGUAGUUGUUUUUCUCUCUGACAUCUGAUGGGAGGGCGUUCCACAGGGCGAGCGCCACCACCGAGAAGGCCCUCUGCCUGGUUCCCUGUAACUUGGCUUCUCGCAGUGAGGGAACCGCCAGAAGGCCCUCGGUGCCAGACCUCAGUGUCCAGGCAGAACGAUGGGGGUGGAGAUGCUCCUUCAGGUAUACUGGACCGAGGCCGUUUAGGGCUUUAAAAAUCAGCACCAACACUUUGAAUUGUGCUCGGAAACGUACUGGGAGCCAAUGUAGGUCUUUCAAGACCAGUGUUAUGUGGUCUCGGCAGCCGCAAUUUGCCGAGGCAAAUUGACCCAGCUAUACUAGGGGCGAUGUUGGGCUUGGCUACUCAGAAGUAAGCCCACUGUGUUCAAGGGAGCUUACUUCCAGGUGACUGCACAACAUUGCAUCUUAAGUAAUUAGCAUUUUUAUAUGUUAUCAUAACAGCUCCGAUAUAGGUGUACGCAGUUCUUGUGUAAAACAGACUUCACCAUUCAUUCCAACAGAGGGGGAGUGUUACACAUUUAGGUGUGCCUUAAACUACUCCAUCCAUUUAAGUGAAUGGGGGAGACCUUGCUGGGGGCGGGGUUCAAGCACUCACAAGAGCUGUUGCUAUCACAGCAAUCUGUGCCCCCCAAAAGGGAAGGAUGUCCAUUUGAUCAGUGUUGCUUAUUUUCUAGAUGAAAUAUCAGGGGAAACACAUAAUUUUUGUGUGGAUAUAGAACCAUAGAAUUAUAGAAUUGUAGGAACUUGGAAGGGACUUCCAGAGUCAUCUAGUCUCGCCCCUUGCAAUGCAGGAAUCUUUUGCCCAACGUGGGGCUCGAACCCACGACCUUAGAUUGACGUUCUCAUGCUCUACCAACUGAGCUAUCCCAGAUGUGGAGUGUCCCUUUUCACCCCACAAUCUUUUAUUGUCCCACAGAUUCUGCACCAGUAUCAUCGCUCAGGAUAACAAUGGGAACAUAUACCAUGGCCGGAAUAUGGAUUAUGCUUUUGGAGAUAUUUUACGCAAGACAACCAUUGAUGUGGAGUUCAUAAAGAAUGGGCAGGUACAAAGAGCUUUUGGUGGUGAUGACCAAGAGAAGGAUAGAAAACCUGCAGGACGAGUGUGCGUUUUGCAUUUCAGAAUCUGUCCUAUCCAGGAUUCUGAAACGGCAUCCAUCAUAUUUUACAGGGGCAGGGGCAGGAUUUAGGCACCUGACUGCCUGUAACAGGAAUGGGGGUCCUCCAGUGCUGUGUACACCCAGCCCAAUUAAAUCACAUGACUACUUCCAAAGAAUUAUGGGAACUGUAGUUUGCAAAGGGCGCUGAGAACUAUAGCUGGGGGGACUACAGUUCCCAGGAUUUGAGUGUGUGUGCUUUAAAUGUGUGUUGUGUACACAACUGAUGUGUCAUUAGUCUGCAAUUCACAUAAGCCCCAGUUGCUGUGGCCAAAGGCCGGAGUGUUAGCUUGAAGUCUAGCGAGAAAACAUUUGUUGAACAUUUCCUCAUUCUCUUUGUGUUAGUAAAUCAGAAGCCUUGAAUUUUAAGCUUCUCCCUUAAUCCUAUUCAAGCAUUUUAUUGUCAGUAUGCCUUUCAACCGAUGUGCAGCGACUGGGCUCAAUAACUGGUUCUGCCCCGACUGGGCUAGGCGACUGGAGCACUUUCAGAGACCUUCCAAUCCUGGAAAACAGGUCCCAGUGCACUGGACUCACAACUGUGCAUUGUGAGCACCAGACUCAUGAAGAAUAUAAAUAACGCAGAAGCUAGCUGUGAAGCAUAACUCCUUUUAUUUCUAAUUGCUACUACAAACUAAAGAACUACUGGCUUGCAUGACGGUUACAGCUGCCACUCAGCCAUUUAGACACUACGUAGAUAAGACUCUCUCCACACACAGAGUCAGUCAGGAGUGGAAGAGUAGAAGAGCAGUUUCUGCCCCCUCCUUUCUCAAAACAACAGAUCAGGAGAUUCUUGCAAUGGGAGGGAUGAAAAUAUCAACAUUUAUGAAUUAGGCCUUUAUUUAAAUGUGGGACCCUGUGUUUUAAUUUAACAACACCUCUGACUUUACCUUGUUUUGCAAUGUGCUAUGCGUUAAACCACAGAGCCUAGGACUUGCCAAUCAGAAGGUCGGCGGUUCGAAUCCAUGUGACGGGGUGAGCUCCUGUCACUCGGUCGCUGCUUCUGCCAACCUAGCAGUUCGAAAGCACGCCAGUGCAAGUAGAUAAAUAGGUACCGCUCCAGCAGGAAGGUAAACGGUGUUUCCGUGCGCUGCUCUGGUUCGCCAGAAGCGGCUUAGUCAUGCUGGCCGCAUGACCCGGAAGCUGUACGCUGGCUCCCUCGGCCAAUAAAGCGAGAUGAGUGCCGCAACCCCAGAGUUGGACACGACUGGACCUAAUGGUCAGGGGUCCCUUUACCUUUACCUAUGCGUUAAAAGCAGUUAACUGCAGGCUGUUCUCCGUCUUCGGAUUUUCAGGUAAAGUUCAGAGGUACGACAUUUCUCGGUUACGUAGGUUUAUGGACAGGACAAAGUCCACACAAGUUUACAGUUUCUGGAGACGAGAGAGGUAAGCAAAGCUCAUUCUUUCUCAACAGGGCAGGGUAUAAUCUACAGUCAGAAUGAAUUACAAAAAUAUGUGCGGUUGCCAAUGUCUUGUUCAGUUCGUAUCAUGUGUCUUAUUGUACUUUUGUUGGCUUUUUGUGUUUCGGAUCUAUUUUCCUAACCCCUGCUCCGUUCCGGAGCACGGUGGUCAAAAACAUGCGAUCAAGAAUGCAUUCAUUCAAAAGAGAAAAACAUAAUUUAAAUCACAAAUCUGUAUUUUAAAUAUUGCUUUUCUUCAUCCCAGCCUUUUGGGGUGGGAGCAAUUAAGCACUAAAACAGCAAGAGGAAAUCACUCAUGUUUGUGAAUGUUGAUUCUUAUGGAGUGUCCCCCCCCCCCUUUCAUUUUUAUAGAUUCUGGCGCGUGGUGGGAAAAUGCCAUUGCUGCUUUCAUAAAUCGAAAUUCUCCAGUCAGCUGGCUGGUCAGGACUGUAAGUAGCCACAGUUUUGUCCUUUGUAGACUCAGUGCUCACUUUCUGAAAAUCAGAAAUUUUGAAUUAGUCCAUGCUUUUCUUACAAAAUUGCACUGGUAAAUUGUUAUGGAAAGCAGUUCAAGAGGUGGUACAUGUACAGAAAUGUUAUGCAUUUAGUUUAUCACUCUUAUUUGUUAAGAGAUUUUCUGUGCUUCCUGUGACAGGGUGCCUUUUCUGUGACUCAAAAUGACAGAUAUCUGCAUUGCCUUGUUUCGGAUUCUUUCAUGGAACAGUAGCAGCCAAGAUAGUGCUCUCUAAAUUUAUUAUUACUGUUCUUUUAUUUUGAUUCAUUACCUGCACUUCACCCUAAGGUCCCAGGGCAGGUCACAACAAUUUGAAAUACAACGUUAAAAAGCAUUUUAAAAAGAUUACCAUCACCAGAAUAGUGUGGGUCCAUAAAAAAUAGACAUCUCAAGUGUCAAAUGCACAGGCAUGAGUCUUCAGCGUACAACAAAAACUGUAUAAUUAAGGUGCCAGAUUCCUCUUAAGGCAGUGUUGCUUAAAUUUUGGUCUCCACCUGCUGUUGGACUACAACUCCCAUUAUCCCCAGUUAUCAGGACCAGUGGUCAGGGAUGAUGGGAGUUGUAGUCUUAGGGGCUUUCGCAGAGAAUGCCCUCUCCUGGUCCACUACCACCUUGAGCUUCUGAAAUGCCCACUCUGUAAGGAAGGAGGCAGUCUUUCAGAUAUUUGUUGGACUACAACUCCCAUCAUGCCUUGCGGCUGAUGGGAAUUGGAAAGUGACAACAUCCAGAGGGCAGCCCCACAUUGGCUACCUUGCCCUAGAGCAGUGGUGGCCAAAUUUGGCCCUCCAGCUGUUUUGGGACUACAAUUCCCAUCAUCCCUGACCACUGGUCCUGUUAGCUAGGGGUGAUGGGAGUUGUAGUCCAAAAAACAGCUGGAGGGCCAAGUUUGGCCACCACUGCCCUAGAGCAUCCUUGCACAUUUUGUCAGCCAUAGGCUAAUCUGGCACAUCUCAACUUGUGGAUCUUGUUGGCUUGAUGUAGGAUGAGUUAAAGCAGAGGGUGUAAAAGGGAGAGAAUAUUCAAACUUUGACAAUACUCAGGUUUUUGUGAUGAGAACACAAACCUGGUGUAGCAACAAUAAAAUUGUUUCAGAUGUCACGGCGUUCAGAAGUCCGUUUUCCCCAGCACAGAUGACUACAAACAUUGUAUGUUUUGUUGAAUUAAUGUCUUGCAAAUUGGUAGGUGUUCCAAUUAAAAAACAUGGUUUUGAGGCCUGAGGUGAGCAAGGGUCAUUUGUCAUUUUCACUUUUGCGUGACAGCUCUGCGCCUGGUGAUUAUCAGGUUAGCUCUGCAAAUAGAAGGACUAGAAACUUGCUUCCUUAAAAUGGGAAUUCAGGUUUUCAGGACACGGAUAAGCGGCAAUUCGGUUACUUCUGGAGCCUUGGGAGUAAUGCACAGUGUGAUAAAUGUUUGCAGGUUUGCCAGUUCCAGACCCAAAGAGGGGCUUCUGUGACUUCUCCCAACUCUACAGCCAUGCGAUGGGAAAAGCUGUGCCUUCUAUGCAACCCUUAAAGGCACAGGAGCCCCCUCAUGGUGUGGACCUCCCAGUCCAAAAUGCCCACUCCCUUUCUGUUUUGCUGCAGGUUUUGAGCGACGCUGAAGACUUUGAAGCUGCUGCUCUCAUGCUGUCCAAGACACCAAUUAUAGCUGACGUCUACUACAUCAUUGGGGGCACCAGUCCCAGGGAGGGGGCAGUGAUUACGAGAAGGAGAAGCGGUCCAGUAGAUAUUUGGCCCUUGGAUCCUCUGACCGGAGGGUAAGCGUGAAAUUUUGCAACCCUGGGUUUUGCAGGUGGGGGAGGAAAAAAACAAGCUGUGAAUUUGUAGGUGGAAGGAGUAUCAGUGUCCCUUGGUAGUUUUUGAGCAGGGCAAGAGGACACAGCUGUUUGGAGUAGCCAGAAGGGAUAUUUGUGCCUGGGACGGGGGAUAGAAACUAGGAAACUAGUGAAAGCGACAGGAAGAGUAAGAAGCCAACCAAAACAAAAAGCCUAGAAGGAUUGGAGAAUCUUUAAAGAAUAUUUAGAAAACGAUGGAAUAAAAGGAAACUUCUUGGCAGAGUUAGACUUAUCCCUGUAUUGUAUAAAUAUAAGUUUGUAGGGAGGUAAAAAGAAAUGAUAUAAGAAAUAUGUAACUGUGCAGUAUAACGUAAUGGAUAGACAAAGCACAGUGAGAUUAAUUGAAAGUCAGUUUUAAAUUUCUUUUCUAUAAAUUUUAUAAUUGUGUUCAAUACCAGGAGUAUAUCUGAUGAUAUUAUAUUAAUCUUAUAUCUUAUAGUGUGGUGGUUUGUUUGAUUUUUCUGUUAUUUGUUUGUUUGUUUGAUUGAUUGUAUGUUUGUUUACUUGUAUGUACAUCUGUUUUUCAUAAAUGUAUUUAUUUUAAAUUAAUAAAGAUAUAUUUUUAAAAAGAAAAAAAAGAAACUAGGAUUCUGCACAGAAACAAAAUAUACAUUCAUUGCUCCCCCAUAUUUGCCCGUAGCCCCACUCAACAGCACCAUAUGGCCCUCCGAAGGUUGCCUGGGAGGGACUGUGGCCUUGGGCUGAACAAGGUCUCCCAUACUUGGGCUAGCUUGACAUGAUAUGAGCAGCCAUUUGUGCAUAAAAUCAGGGUGCGUCUAGUUUUUCCUAACCAUGUUACAGAUCUGAAAAUCUUUCGGAAGAAACUAAUUUCCCCCGUUUAAAAAAUAAGUACUUUAUUUGUAUAAUGUGUGCAAAAAUAAUGCAAUGAUUAAUGUUUUAACCAUGUGUUUUAUGUAGGUGGUACCGGGUGGAGACAAACUACGAUCACUGGACAACCCCUCCUCCUUUUGAUGAUCGAAGGUUUGUGUGAAGAUGAUGUUCUCCUAAAGAAAAAUGAAAAGCAAAAGUACAUACAUGCUUUCUUAUACCUCCACUGUUAGAGGCAAUAUGCAGUUCCUUUCAGUUCUGUCUCUCCUUCACCAAUCAGUGCUGAAAUCAGGCCUGGAGCCAGACCAAAAUGGGUCGAGAUCAGGGAUGGAGAGCCUCUGGCCCUCCAGGUGUUGAUGAACUACAACUCCCAUCAGCCCCAGCAAACACGGCUAGGGAUUAUGGGAGUUGAAGUUCAGCAACAUCUGGAGGGCCAAAGUUCCCCAUAUUCAGUUUUAUCCAGGCACAGUUGAAAGUGGUUGACCACCACUAUCUCAAUCGCCUUGCCCAAGAAUGAGACAUCUGCCACCAAGUUUUGGUUCUCCAGUACCUCAAGGUUCAGGGUGUAUGUCUUGAAAUUCAGCGUCAACUCCUGCCUGCUCUCAUGGAGGGGGACCCACCUGGUUGGUUCUUCCUGGGUUGUUUAAUAAUAAUAAUAAUAAUAAUAAUAAUAAUAAUAAUUUAUUAUUUGUACCCCGCCCAUCUGGCUGGGCUUCCCCAGCCACUCUGGGUGGCUUCCAACAAAGACUAAAAAUACAUUAAAAUGUCACACAUUAAAAACUUCCCUAAAGAGGGCUGCCUUCAGAUGUCUUCUAAAUGUCAGGUAGUUGUUUAUCUCUUUGACAUCUGAUGGGAGGGCGUUCCACAGGGUGGGCGCCACUACCGAGAAGGCUCUCUUCCUGGUUCCCUGUAGCUUUGCUUCUCACAGUGAGGGAACUGCCAGAAGGCCCUCGCCGCUGGACCUCAGUGUCCGGGCAGAACGAUGGGGGUGGAGACGCUCCUUCAGAUAUACUGGGCCGAGGCCAUUUAGGGCUUUAAACGUCAACACCAACACUUUGAAUUGUGCUUGGAAAUGUAUUGGGAGCCAAUGUAGAUCUUUCAAGACCGGUUUUAUGUGGUCCCGGCAGCCACUCCCAGUCACCAGUCUAGCUGCCGCAUUCUGGAUUACUUGUAAUAUCCGGGUCACCUUCAAAGGUAGCCCCACAUGGAGUGCAUUGCAGUAGUCCAAGCGGGAGAUAACUAGAGCAUGCACCACUCUGGCGAGACAGUCUGCGGGCAGAUAGGAUCUCAGCCUGCAUACCAGAUGGAGCUGGUAGACAGCUGCCCUGGGUACAAAAUUGACCUGUGCCUCUAUGGACAGCUGUGAGUCCAAAAUGACUCCCAGGCUGUGCACCUGGUCCUUCAGGGGCACAGUUACCCCAUUCAGGACCAGGGAGUCUUCCACACCCGCCUGCCUCCUUUCCCCCCAAAACAGUACUUCUGUCUUGUCAGGAUUCAACCUCAAUCCAUUAGCCACCAUCCAUCCUCUUAGCCAUGACAAGCAAGAGUCGAGAGCAUGUGGUACACAACAACUGAGACGGAGCUCAGAAAAAAAGACUACAUGUUGCUCAGCUUUCUGUUCUGGUAAUUUUUACAUGCACAAACAGAAUCCCAUAUGGGGCGAAACCCCCCCCACCUCUGACCUCCAGUAUGAAAUAGUCUUCUGCACCGCGAUUCUUCCCAGUUUUGAUUCAUCCACUAACAUUUAAUUUUUACUCUGCAGAACCCACGCCAUGAAGGCGAUGAAUGCCACCGGACAGAAAAAUAUUAAUCUCGAGUCUCUCUACAAAGUAAGUUUUCCGUUUUACAUCAUGCCCAUUAAAAAAAACAAAAAUAAUAAAGCCUUUUACUGUUCCUUUUAUGCUAGAAUAGUUUUCUGGUGGGAUUUCUCGAGGGUUGCCAAAUUUGCAAACAAGCAAACCUGUUGUGGGUGACGCACACGCAACUAAGCGCACACUACAACAGAUUGUAUUGGCUACAAUAUUGUGCUGCUUUCAAGCCUAAUUUCAAUGAGGGGGAGAGUCUGAAGAUGCCAGUGAUGGCCUCUGUGGGCACCUGUACAAAAAAGCCUCAAUUUCUGCACUCCAGAAUGGACUUUCCUCUGCCCUGAGUCUUGUCGGGGAGAAAGGCAGGGUAUAAAUAAAUAAAUUUAAUAAUACAUGAAGCAUCAUCCAUCAGUUGCUUCAGAUGUCUUAUUAAGGCUUUCCCUGACCCAGAAGAUUGGACCCUAUUAUUACUAGAAUUCAGUUUCUGUCUGUUUCUAUAGUACUGUUUUUAUCAUACUGUGUUUUGUUUUUUCCCUUUUUAUGCUGUAUUUUUGUGUACUGGCACUUAGACAUUUCAGCCAUUUAGAACUGCUUUUUAGUAAAUGGACCCCUUCCAUUUUGUUGUUUUCCAGGUGCUAUCCGUACAGCCAGUCUUAAACAAGUAAGUUGGCAUUUCAUAGAAUCAUAGAAUUGGAAGGGAUCUCGCGAGUCAUCUAGUCCAAUCCCUACGAAUCUCAUGCUCUACCAGCUGAGCUUUGCAGAUUUCCAAGAAUUCCGUAAUUAAAGAAAUAACGCCUGGGUUUCCUUCUCCCUCUCCUCCAACCCCAUCCUUUUUCCUUGUGUGUCGUGUCUUAAGCUGGUCUUAACACUGACAUUUAUAAGUCUUUUUUUGUGGGGAAGGGAGCCUGUUUUGGACUGAAAAGUGGGAUCAAGAUGCUUCUAAUAAACCUGGAACCCAGUGCAAUAAAAGGGCCCCUCUAAAUCUGACCUCUGUUUUAUUCAAGUUAAUGUUUGAGUUAGAAUCUUAGGUAUAACAUGACUCAGUUCCUUUCAUAUCCUUUGCCAGGCUCACAGUUUAUACCACUGUAAUGAGCGCUGCAGCACCCAGCAAGUAUAUGACAUGCAUCAGAAACUUGGAAUGAAAAUGAGUAAGUUACCAUAUUUUAUGCAAAUUGCCUUUGGGAUUGCCAUCCAAAUACCCAGUAGCUCUGGCUUGUCAUUAGGGAUGUAAGGAGGCAUCAUUCAUUAUCUGAACGUGUAUUCCGAACAUACAGUACUGUUUUCAUUCUGCUGCAAAUCGCCUUCUGCCAAAACCUAUGAUAUUUGUCUUGCUGUCCACUUGUGGUGAAAUGACAUAUGUCGUGUAGUUUUACAUAGUCUGUGUAAUUAAUUACAUAACUCACGUUGGCAUUAUGUUAUAAAGGUAAAGGUAAAGGGACCCCUGACCAUUAGGUCCAGUCGUGGCCGACUCUAGGAUUGCGGCAUUCAUCUCGCUUUACUGGCUGAGGGAGCCGGUGUACAGCUUCCGGGUCAUGUGGCCAGCAUGACUAAGCCGCUUCUGGCGAACCAGAGCAGCGCACGGAAACGGCAUUUACCUUCCCGCCGGAGUGGUACCUAUUUAUCUACUUGCACUUUGACCUGCUUUCGAACUGCUAGGUUGGCAGGAGCAGGGACCGAGCAACGGGAGCUCACCCCGUCGCGGGGAUUCGAACCACUGACCUUCUGAUCAGCAAGUCCUAGGCUCUGUGGUUUAACCCACAGCGCCACCCGCGUCCCUAUUAUGUUAUCCCACUCCAUAAAUUUAAAUGCGAAGGAAAACCAAUGCGGGUUUUCCAUGAUCAACUGCAUAUCAUUUGUGGUCUGAAUGCAACAGGGAACACCAAUUGCAUUUGCUGGAUUGAUUUAUGUUAUCCGUGUGGGACGAGUAAGUGAACACCAGCAAUUUCUGCUCCCGUUUCUGUUUUCCUUGGAAUUCUCUGAUGUUCCUACUUGCAGUUCCUGACAUCUAACUUGCAGCCACAACUAGGUGCAUCUUAUUACAGAACUGCCCUCUAUCUUUUUUAUAUUUAUAUAUAGUUUUUAUUUACUUUCCAUUUAACAAUAUACAUUCCCAUCAUCAUUAUCCACUUUACCUCCCUGGCUCUUUAGAGCCUAUCGACUUCCUCCCCUCCCACCUCAGGGCUUUCAAAAUUAACUAUUAUAUCAUUGCAUUUUGUACGUUUUUGAAUUCUAAUUACACUCGUUACAAAAUGGCUGAAAAUAUAAAUGAAUAUAGAAAGGUAGAAAACUUCUCCUUACAAGUCUUCAGAUAACCCUGCUAGUGAUGUUAAUUGCUUACAAUUAUCUUUUAGAUAUCGUGUAAAUUUACUCCAGUCCUUUUGGAAUACCUGAUUGUGCUGGUUUUGAGAAUUGCCCACUAUUGGGAAGUUUUCACUGUUAGACAUUUUGCUGUAUUUUUAUUAUGUUCGAAGCUGCCUAGAAUGGCUUAUGCAACCCAGUCAAGAUGGGUAGGGUAUAAUAAUAAAUAAUAACUAUAUUAUUAUUAUUAUUAUUAUUAUUAUUAUUAUUAUUGCAGUUUGUUAAAGGUGCAUGUCAACAUACACUAAUUUUAGUUUCCCCUUUUUUUUGUCUCCAUGCAGAUCAUGGAGGGAUUUGGAAAAAUUGGCUUCCCCUAGAACCCACACUGAGAUUUCUGCUCCCCUGGAUAAGCAGUUCAGUACAUUAAUGGGGAAAUUUACCAUCCUGUUCUUUUACAAAGAACAACAGACCACAGUGGAAAUUCACUAAAUGUGGGUGACUGCCUAGAACUUGAAAUAAUCCCACCUAUACAGGAAUGCAACUAAGGGUGAAGCAUAAUCAUCUGAAUAUGAUUUCCAAUGGAUGAUGCUUUGAAGGCAGAUGAUGCAGGAACCUUGAGGAAAUUAAGCAUGUCUGAGUCUGGUGGGUGCCUGGGAUGGCAGAAUACCUGGUAACCCUACUGAUGAUUCCUUGAUUUCCACAGAAGAACAGCAGGAUGGAAGCGCAUCAAAUUGUGGCAGAGUAUGCACAGCUGUGGCCAAUUCCAGAGAAUGAUGGGCUUGAAUAGGCAUCCCCAAUCUGUGGCCCUCCAGAUGUUUUGGACUACAAUUCCCAUCAUCCCUGACCACUGGUCCUGUUAGCUAGGGAUCAUGGGAGUUGUAGGCCAAAACAUCUGGAGGGCCGAAGGUUGGGGGUGCCUGGGCUUGAGCAUUCGCUGGGCUCCCUACAUAGCCAAAAGGCCCACUGCCCCCAAAACCCUGCUAGUUUGCACAUGGCACUUGAGAAAGAUAGAGACUGCACAAUAUAAUUCUCAUUUUGCACACACAUAAUCAUUGUAGGCUAAGGGAGCCUGUUGAAGAUGCUCUGUCUUUUAGGUGCUAGCACUGGAUAUAGUAAUGCCCUGGUUCUGGUAAACAGAAGAUGAAGUUUAAAUAUUUUAAUGUUUGAAAUCUUCAGUCUUCAGACAGGACUGAAAAGUUAAUGGGUUUUUUUUAUCGUCGCUCUUGAAAUAAAAUGAUUGUUCUGCUGUUGAUCUUUGAUGAUAGGACUGUAAAUAAAUUGAUUUAUAAAG